UGAAGUAAGAUGUCUCGUAUUAAAGCUAAAACACCUUCAUUAUGUACGUGUGAAUUGCUGACAAAAGAAAUAAUUAGUAAAUCUCUUUCUGGCUUAAGGCAAAUUGUAGCAUCUUGCUAUGGCCCUUCUGGUAGACUGAAGCAACUGCACAAUGGUGUUGGAGGCUCAAUUUGUACAACAUCAUCAUCAUCAUUAUUGAUUAAUAACCUUUCUGUUACCCAUCCUAUAUUAAAGAUUUUGACAACCUCUGUGCAAAAUCAUGUAUCACAUUUUAGUGACUGUGGCUUAUUUACAGCCAUCUUCUGCUGUCACUUGAUUGAAAAUUUUCAGAGAUUAAACUUGUCAUCUGCUACUGUUGUUAAAGUGAGUAACCAUCUUUUGAGUCUCUGCACUGACUAUCUCAACUCUGAGACCUGUGGCUGCCGAAUCUCUGUAGAUUUUAGCAAUAUGAAGACUCUCCGUUGUUUGGUACAAAGCAUAGUAACAAGCAAGCCUGCUUGCCUGCUCAGCAAAAAAGAAGCAGAUCAUAUCAGUACUUUAAUUCUGAAAGCAUUUUUGCUUACGAUUCCAGAAAAGGCUAAAGACUUUGCCAUUUUGGGGAAAACUUUAAUUAUACCUUUAAAAGGUGAAAGAGUUAUGGAUUCUACUGUAUUGCCUGGAAUACUCAUUGAAAUGCCAGAAGUUCAAUUAAUGACAUUUUCUAUCAAAAAAUUACCAUCAAAUGCCCUCAAAGUGGCACUUUUUUGUAUCACUAUGUCUGGUGAGAUUUCUGAUCCUGGAGAAGGAACACUAGUGGUCACUUAUGGAGUUUCUCUUGAAAAUGCUGUUGUGGACCAGCUACUUAAUUUGGGAAAUCAGCUCAUUAGUGAUCAUGUAGAUAUUGUUGUGUGCCAGAAAGUUAUACAUCCAGUUUUGAAGCAGUACCUCAAUCAGCACCACAUUAUUACCAUAGACAGAGUUGGAAUAUCUCUGAUGGAACCCUUGUGUGAAAUGACAGGUACACAACCAAUUGGUUCCCUGAAUUUAAUCUCAUCUACAAGUUAUGGAUAUGUGAAGGAUUUGUGCUCCACAAACUUUGGUUCAAAACCUUAUUUUCACUUAAUUCCUAAUGAUUCCACUGUCUGCACUUUGCUUCUCUGUAACAGAAAUGAGACUGCCUGGAAUGAACUGAAGCUUGCAUGUCAAACAGCACAGCACGUCUUAAAGCUAACAAUAAGAGAACCUUUGGCUUUGCUUGGAGGUGGCUGUACUGAAACUCACUUGGCCUCCUUUUUAAGUCACAAGGUUAUCAGUGUUCCAGAAUGCAUUCUUAAAGCCAAUGACUGUACUCAACCAGAAUAUAAAAUAGUUGCUAAUGCGUUUUGCAAUGCUUUACAGGCUGUUGCUUGCUCUCUAGAGCAUGAUAAGGGUAAACUUCUUGCCGAUAGGAAGUAUGGACACUUUUGGUCAGUUCAACCAGAUUUUCCCCCUGAUGUGAAAUGGCAAGAUUUGGUUUCAAAAUGUGGUUGUGGACUCCACAGUAACCAGGAAGAACUAAACUGGUGCCUCUUACAAAGUAUUCAUUUUGCUCCACAAAACUAUCCUCUUCAGCAAUCCACAAACUCCCUCAAAGAUCAUCUGACUUUGGACUGUUUUACUGCAAAACUUCAUGGCUUACAAGUUGCUGUGGAAACAGCCAGUUUGAUUUUGGAUCUUUCAUGUGUCAUAGAAGAUGAGAACUGAUCUAGAUUUUAAAUUCAUUAUUUUUAAGAGUAUGUUUAUGUAAAAAAGUCCUAAAUUUCAAGGUAGAAAAAAGAAUGAACAUAUUAAGUCAUUCUCAAAAAGAAAAUUUCAUGAACUAAUUUGGCCAUUUAAAGUGAGCAAAUUUUCAUUUAAAUGGAGGCAUUAACAAAACAGUAAACCUAUAAAAUAUUGUUAAUGUAAUUUGGAUAAUUAUGUAAAUUUCAUGGAUUCUGUACAUUUUACUUUACCCUGAAUAUUUCCUUAUUUAGAUUGAUCUUUCA